CUCUUCUCUCUCCGCCGCAGCAUCAGCAGCACGAUCGCAAGAUGGUAGCAGCGCACACUUCUUCUCAUUCGUCGGAAUCCGCCGAGUGGAUUGUAUGUCUAGAUAAAAGACCAGCCGAACGCUCCGGGGAAGAUGUUGACAUAAUCCUGGCACGUCUUAAAAAUGUGAAGGCCUUUGAGAGAUUCCACCCCGGAUUGCUGCAGCAGAUAUGCCUGUGGGGGUUUUAUGAAUGCUUGGAGAAAGGCAUCACCUUGUAUCGUCAAGGAGACAUUGGCACCAGUUGGUACGCUGUCCUCUCUGGAUCACUGGAUGUCAGAGUUUCAGAGACAUCAAAUUAUCAGGAUGCUGUUACUAUAUGCACACUGGGGACGGGGACUGCGUUUGGAGAGUCCAUCCUGGAUAACACCCCCCGACAUGCCACCAUUGUUACGAGGGAAUUCAGCGAGCUCCUACGCAUCGAACAGAGGGAGUUCAGGUCUCUGUGGGAGAAAUAUCAUCAGUGCAUGGCUGGACUCCUCGCUCCUCCGUAUGGUGUGAUGGAAAGUGGUUGUAGCACAGACAGAAUGCCUGACAAAGAAAAUAUCAGCAACAACGCAUUUGUUUCAGUCUCCAAACAUCAGAAUAAGAAGUCAUUCAUUGAAAGCCCAGCCAAACCUCACCCUAAAUGCAUUUCUCAGGUACCCUCAGAGAAGAUCCUCCGAGCGGGGAAGAUCAUCCGAAAUGCCAUUCUUUCCAGGGCGCCACACAUGAUCAGGGACAGGAAGUACCAUCUGAAAACGUACAGACAAUGUUGUGUGGGAACAGAACUGGUCGACUGGCAGAUGCAGCAGAGCUCGUACAUCCACUCCCGCAUUCAGGCUGUAGGCAUGUGGCAGGUGCUGCUGGAAGAAGGUGUUCUCAACCAUGUGGACCAGGAGCUGAACUUUCAGGACAAGUACCUUUUCUACCGCUUCCUGGAUGACGAACAGGAGGACGCUCCUUUACCCAGCGAGGAAGAGUGCAAGGAGAGCCAAGAGGAGCUGCAGGACACGCUGCUCCUCCUCUCACAGAUUGGGCCGGACGCCCACAUGAGGAUGAUUCUCAGAAAACAUCCAUCAGAGAGAACCACAGAUGAUUUGGAGAUUAUUUAUGAGGAGCUGCUUCACAUAAAAGCGUUAUCUCACCUGUCCACCACUGUAAAGAGGGAACUGGCAGGAGUGCUGAUCUUUGAGUCCCACGCAAAAGCCGGAACAGUAUUGUUCAAUCAAGGGGAGGAGGGCACAUCAUGGUACAUUAUUCUGAAGGGCUCAGUCAAUGUUGUCAUUUAUGGAAAAGGUGUUGUUUGCACUCUUCACGAAGGAGACGACUUCGGGAAGCUCGCUCUCGUCAACGACGCCCCCCGUGCCGCCUCCAUCGUCCUGAGAGAGGACAACUGUCACUUCUUAAGAGUGGACAAGGAGGAUUUCAACAGGAUCCUCAGGGAUGUGGAGGCCAACACGGUGCGUCUGAAGGAACAUGGACAGGAUGUUCUGGUGUUGGAGAAGAGUCUGAGCAGCAGCCGAAGCUCCGUCCACGGAGUCUCAUCCUCGAAUUACAAAUACAAGGUAAUGUCAGGGACGCCGGAGAAGAUUUUGGAGCACCUCCUCGAAAUGAUGCGGUUGGAUUCUCAAUUCUCAGAGUCAGACUCGGCCUUAAAUGACUUUGUGCUCAUGCAUUGUGUCUUCAUUCCAAACAGUCAGCUGUGUCCGGUGUUGAUGGCUCACUACCAUGCCCAGGCCUCACAGGGCUCUGAACAAGAAAAACUAGACUACACACUCAACAACAAGCGCAGGGUGAUCCGCCUGGUGAUGCAGUGGGCUGCUGCCCACGGAGACCACCUGCAGCAGGAGGACGUCGCUGUGGCCUUUCUGGAGAGGUUUUUCAUGGCGGUGUCAGAUGAUGCCAAGGUCAUUCUACCUCUCAGGGAUCAGCUAACAGAGUUGGAGAGAAUUGUAAAGCGCAAUGGUGAAGAUGCCAGAUCCUCACAGAAAAAGCACAAAGUUCUGCUGCGUCAGUUCAGUACAGGAGACGAGAAGCUGCAGAAACGUGAACCUAUCAAGAGUAAUGAUGAACUGCUGUUCAAAGUCUACUGCUGUGACCACACCUACACAACAAUCCGGGUUUGUGUGGCUGCCUCGGUCAAGGAGGUCAUUGGGGCUGUGGCCGACAAGCUGGGGUCAGCGGAGGACCUUCUCCUGGUCAGCCUCAGUUCAGCAGGAGAGAAAGUCAUCUUCAAGCCCAACGAUGUUUCCGUCUUUUCCUCGCUCAGCAUAAAUGGACGACUGUUCGCCUGCCGCAGGGAUCAGCUGGAUUCUUUGACACCGUUACCAGAGCAGGAGGGUCCGACUACAGGGUCACUGUCCAGCUUUGAGUUGAUGAGCUCUAAAGAUGUGGCUUACCAUAUGACGUCUUAUGACUGGGAGCUUUUCCACUGUGUACAUGAGCUCGAACUAAUAUACCACACGUUUGGGAGACAAAAUGUCAAGAAAACCACUGUAAACCUGGAUCUGUUCCUACGGAGGUUCAAUGAAAUCCAGUUUUGGGUGAUCACAGAGAUCUGUCUGUGCUCUCAGCUCAGUAAGAGGGUGCAGCUGCUCAAGAAGUUCAUAAAGAUCGCAGCCCACUGUAAGGAGUACAAGAACCUGAAUGCCUUUUUUGCCGUCAUUAUGGGACUGAGUAACCCAGCAGUGAGCAGACUGAGUCAGACCUGGGAGAAACUUCCCAGCAAAUUUAAGAAGUUUUAUGUGGAAUUUGAGAACUUAAUGGACCCGUCCAGGAACCACCGGGCGUACCGGCUGACUGUUGCCAAGCUGGAGCCUCCCAUCAUUCCUUUCAUGCCUCUGUUGAUCAAAGACAUGACGUUCACUCAUGAGGGCAACAAGACGUUUAUCGACAAUUUGGUCAAUUUUGAGAAAGCGAGGAUGAUAGCAAAUACAGUGAAGAUAGUCAGACACUGCAGGAGUCAGCCAUUCAGCCCAGAUUCACCUGUCGCCAACAAGAACCACCCAGAGGUGCGGGGCUACGUACGUCAUCUGAACGUGAUCGACAACCAGAGGACGCUAACUCAGCUCUCUCACAGACUAGAACCUCGCAGGUCUUGAAGACACUCAGGGACAGAAAUGUUACACACAGACGCUGCUUCAGUACAUGACAUGUGUUUGCUUAGUGUGAGUUUACUGAAAUACAGGCAAUCGUAUGGAGGGCUUAAUGACCUAUUAGAUAAUGAGAUAUUGUCUCAGAUGCCAUUGCCUGACUUGUUAAGUCUUUUAUUACAGUAAUUUGUGAUAUUUUAACAACACUAAUUGUUGGCGGGUGAAGUACCUCUCAUAUCUCUGUACUCCAGAUAUUACCAUCAUCUCAAAAUCAAACAAGAGACACAAUAGAAGGAAUUCAAUCUUCAUCUUAUGGGGAUAUCGUUCAUCAGAUUAUUCUGUAACAUAUCAGAUAUAAACACCAAUGUUAUGCUGAAACUUUAAAGAAUCCUGAUAUUCAGUUGUUUCGUAUCUUUUGUAUCAAACAAUAUUUAUACAUAUUUAAGUUUGUGAGUUUAUUAUGCGUUGUAAAUUGUAUACAAAUAUUUAUUUUCACACCAGCAUGCAAACGAUUAUGAUUUUUUGACUUUUUAUUCAUGUGAGCACAUUUCUCAUUAAAGGUCUGAUAUACAGGUAAAGUCUAAUUAAAAGCUUUUGUUUGAUAUAAAUGUAAUAUAUAAUAUUUUGGAUGUAUUUAUGUGCCAUAAUGUCAUUACUGUUUUGUUAUGCUGUUUCAUUUAUACGCUGGUGUCAGUCAAGGCAUGUUGAAACAGAGGUUUAUGAUAUAAUAAAAGAGGUUCUGUUUUAAGUA